GAUCUUUAUUAUAAAAGUGAACUUUAAAGGGAAUUUGUCAGGUGAAGACGUGCCAUAUAACGCUUCAAUAAGAUAGUGUUCGAGUAUGUGACUGAGAUAAACCUUGUUAUGAAAAUUAACUUUUUUUGUGAACAACAUAACAAGGGCUGAAAGGUUAUAAGAGAGAAAAUUUAAGGUCACUGAAACACACAGAAAAUAUUCUGAAAGUUUAUUAAAGAAUGUGAAUUAGUUGUGAGAUUUAACUUUCCAAUUUGAUAUCUUUGAGAUGCAUUGAAUCAAAACAUGAAUCAUAUAGCAAUGAGGUGUAGUAUGAAGCGCAUUCAUAAUUGCAUUUACAGUGUAACUGACAGUAACUAUUGACAGUAAAUUUUGAAACCAUUGGUCUGAAAAGUACAGAAGUGAACUUGAAAGAAAUGAAAAAUCGAAGAAAAUCUGCGGAUAUUUUCACGCCUCUCAUGACGAAAGUCAGACGCUGCGUGAAGUUGUUGCUGCUGUUGUCGAGCAUCUCUGUCCUAAUGCCCCGAGUAGAAGGUUCUAUAAGGAUCACCGACAUCUUCGUACCGGCGCUGAAGAUGGCCGGAGAGUCGGCGUCGCUGGAGUGCCGCUACAAGAAGAGUGGCGGCGACAAGCUUUACUCGAUCAAGUGGUGGCGCGACAGCGACCAGUUCUACCAGUACAUACCUAGGAACACCCCAGCCAAACUACCCUUCAAUGUCAGCGGCAUCAACGUGAACCGGCGUCGUCAUGGCGUCCGCGGCACCAAUUACGGAGACCAGCAAACAUACAGCUGCAGCUACAGCAGCAGCAAACACAGCUGCAGCGACAGCAGCAGCAAACACAGCUGCAGCGACAGCAGCAGCAAACACAGCUGCAGCUACAGCAGCAGCAAACACAGCUGCAGCGACAGCAGCAGCAAAGACGGCUUCCCAACUACGAACAACAGCAAACAGGAUAACAACGAAGCCACGCAGAAAAAAGUUGACUGGGUGAGGCGUGCUGACAACAUGACGGUUAUAGACCCACCGGACGGGGGCGUGGGGCCCGGCUUGUCCCACCGGUCCGUGGGCCCGGUGAUCCGCGUGUCGGGCCACACGUCGCUGGAGCGCACGGCGCUGGAGUACAAGCCAGGCGAGGUGUUCGAGGCGCUCUGCAUCGCCAGCCGAGCCUUCCCGCCUGCUGAUCUCGCCUGGUAUAUCAACGGACUCAGGGUGCCCAAUCACUUCUUAGUGCCCCUGCAAUCGAUGGUGCCACGUCCCGAGGCAUUCAACACGUUCACCACGGAGCUGUGGAUCAAGUUCCAGGUGGAAGAAGUUCACUUCGAUCGCGACGGUCACAUGCAACUGACCUGUAACGCGACACUGGCACGUCAGUACCACACCUCAGCACACAUCCUUCUCAAGAACCCGCUCAUGAGGCGGCCCAUGCUGUCGGGCUUCUUUUCUAAUGCUUGCGGUUCUUCACCAGAAGGGAACGUGAGUGCGUGCGCUUUGUGCUUGCUUAUCAUUGCGUUGGUUGGGCCAGCUAAACUCUGCGGAGAGUCGUUGAAGCAUUUCACGACCAGGACAGAUAACCGUGGUCGACUCUCGCGGCUGCUCCGAUCUCAGAUUAAAAAGAAAGAAGUAUACUGCAAAGAGAGAAUAGAGGUUAAAGAUCACAAUAGAAUAGGCAUCGCAAUGUGCAAGGGAAUCAAAACUAACAGCAGUCCAACAAUUGAACAAACAGCAAACGAAUGUAUGGACGCGAAAAUAAUUGUCUGAUCAUGGAUGCUCAACGUCCAGGAGACGGACACGCUCAGGCUUUGAUCUGUAAAUUGUAUGUGUGUUGGCACAGAAGUUAGACCGGGGCAAAAAUUGAUUCUUUGCAUAUGAACAUAUAAAUGGCUCAAAUGCAAGCCAUGGUAUGAGAAAACAUAAGUUUUAAUGAAAUAAAAUAGAACUUGAGAGAGAUACACACACAUGGAAGCGCUUGCCACGGUAAUGUAUAUAAUUAUUGUGCGAGAAAGAUUAAUACAGCUUUUGCUGAAUAAACUUAGGACAAAAUUUCGUCUCUCAAUAAAUAACUAGAAUUCUGAAAACUGAAAGAACUAACAAACAUAUUACCCCAGUCACUUGAUUCAUUCUUGAAUAAUUCAAGUAAUUUCCUUGAAUUGAAUAAGUCAAUGUGAUUGCUUCAAAACAUUACGUUUUUGAUCGUUUAUAUUGGCUUUAGUUUUCGUAUGUGAAGUUUAAGAUUGCUUAACAAGAAGAAUUACAGUUAAAAGAUACAUUUUCCCGUAAAUCAAAACCAUAAUAAAAAAAUUAACGUUGAUUUUCUUAAAUGUAUAUAUCAGCUUGAGGUCACUUAUGAACUAGAUUUUUUAUGAUCGCGAAGCACUAGCAAAAAGCACUCCAAUAGUUGAAAGAUUGUCGGUACGAUGAUAAUUUAAAACGAUGUUUAUUCGUUCUUUUUUAAGCCUAUAUUUAAGGUAACGAACACAUUCUACAGCUUUUCAAAGUUUUCAAAUUUGAAAUUCUUACUUCAAGUCUUAAUCAGAAAUUAU